AUGUCCAACUUCAUGCACAAAGUCAAAGACGCCGUGACCGACCGCGACGACAGAGAACCCCACAAUACCUACGGCUCCAACACCGCGAGCCAAAACCAAACCUCAAAGCCAUUCAACUCUUCCGGUAUGGAUACUCGGAACACCCGUUCAUCCAACACCAACCCUGGCAUGGGCUCUGAUUCAUACGGAUCAAACACUACGCGCGGUAGUGGUUCAGGAAAUUUCAACGCCGGACCUCACGAUUCUAAGUUCGGAAACAAAAUGGAUCCACGCGUUGAUAGUGACCAGGAUAACCGAGGCAAUUUCGACAAUGACUCGGGCUAUGGUGGCGAUUCAUACGGAUCGAAUUCCAUGCGCGGUAGUGGCGGUUCAGGCAAUAUCAAUGCCGGUCCACACGAGUCGAAAACCGCUAAUAAGAUGGAUCCGCGCGUCGAUAGUGACCUAGAUAACCGGGCUAACGUCAACAAACACACAAACCCAUUCCAAUCUCAGCCCAGUCAGGGUUCCCAGGGUUCCCAGGGCUUCCAGGAUUCCCAAGGUCUUCAGGGUUCCCAGGGUCUUCAGGGUUCCCAGGGUCUUCAGGGCUCCCAGGGCCUCCAGAGUUCCCAAGGCGCACCUUCUAUUGGCGGCGCGAGUAAUAUGAGCAACACAGGCUCCAUGGGACAACAGCCCCUCACGGACAAUCACAUCAAAAAUGAAGAGAACUAUUCCAGUUCCUCGCAGGAACAUAAGUCUCACUCGAUGACUAGUCAUACUGCUCCUUGUCAGGAUCCUCAGAUGGGUGGCCAGAUGGGUAGUCAAAUGGGUGGUCAAAUGGGUGGUCAGAUGGGACCGCAAUUCGGUGGAGGUGCUGCGGGUGGCAGCAGCUAUACCCAGGGUGAUAACAUGGGGAGACAGCCUGGUGGACAGGGUAAUCUGAAUAAACUUGGACAGGGUGUGAAUGAGCAGCAGCAGGGUCAGGGAAUUGGAAACCAGCGUGGAUACUAG